UGCGCUACUAGUUGGCAAGUCAACAGUUCCCUGGGACGCAAGCUUGUUUUCCUCUCAAACAGCUUUAGCAGUAUAAGCUAUAAUACAAGCUGAAUAUUAACAUAAAGAUCCAARCGACUUUUCAACGAAAAAAUAGUUAAUUCUACGAAAAUUAACCCUGGACAAUUUUGAUUUUCAAUAGCGUUUCUUCGCCAAUCGUGUUUUGGAAACAAGACGAAGAAUUACAGAAGUUGGGUACAAGAGAACGAGCGAAGAAUAAAAUGAGAGCUUCUUCAAUUGCAUUCGCAAAUUCUUUGUAUUUUAAUGUCCUCUUCGUGAUGUGUUUUGCUUUUCUGCUGACAUUGAGCCAAGCUAAAACUUCUGAAGAAGGUAGCCGAAUUCGACCUGGAUUGCUAACAGGACCUUCAAAAAACACACAAGCAAAAGAAGGAGAAUCAGUUGAAUUUCGAUGGACGUUUGCRCUGAGUUCUAACGACACCAAAUACCUGCAGCACAUUGACUUUGGCUUUUGCUACAAUAAUAACCUCAAUAAAUCAUUAAUCAAAAUCCACAAAACCGAUCAAAAUAAUUCAACUAUCUAUAGUUAYAAUGUAACUGAGAMGUUUGUGGACAGGCUUCAGUGGCUAGGGGGAUCCAACAUCGUGUCGUUUGUAUUAACGAACGUCACGAGAAAAGACAGCAAUAGUUACGUCAUGGUGAUGUCAUUUGGUGACGCAAGAGAACCUAUUUCUGAUCACGUGGAACUUAUUGUAACAUAUCCACCUAAAAUUCUAAAUAAACCAGUGACCUUGGAACAAGUGCGAUUUCCUGAGGGUGUUUCGGUGCAAAUUUCCUGUGUGGUGCAGAGUUGUCCGCGUGCUCAAGUCACGUGGUACCAUGAUGGUCGCGUAAUACAAAAAGASAAAGAAAAGCAUGAUUUAACAAUAAACAAAGGCCAAGUGACUGAUUCUGGAGUUUAUCGCUGCGAGGCAACAAAUGAUCUUGGUARCGACUUCAAACAAGUACUAGUGAUUGUAACGUCAUGCAAAAAAAAUCCCAGUAGCAAUGCAGAUUCCAAUCAGGAAGACAAAAUCAACGAAGCCAACGACCCUGACACGCUGUUUACAAUGAUCGCACCAGCCGUGGUGUUCUUUGUGAUAUUCACGGCGUAUUUCUUCUUCAGAUGUCCUGCAAAUCGAAACAGAAGAAAACGAAAUCGAGCUUUAGUCAACUCAAAAGCGACCUCGACUCCAUCGUUCCAGGACGACGAGCAAACAACAAGCCUUCUUGCUGACUGGUCAAAUUUUAGUGAUCGCGGAGAAAAAGUCUAGAAGUUCGUACAGAUUGAGAACUAGUAAAUCGGCAUAGAUUACUGUCUGGCCAGUUUACRACUUCAAGGAAAUUGCUUCGCAAACCUCUCAGGAUGAACAGUCAACAACAACAGCAUAUACCGCUGGUCUGUUAAUCUCUGCAGGAACUGAUAUCAACACUUGCUUUAGGAACAGAAAAGGCUAUGAKAUACUUAGAAUGGAUAUGUGCAAUAAUGUCAUGCAUCAACAGCAAGAAAUGAACGUACAAUAAUAUAUCAUAUCAACACAGAUAUUCCUUGUAUCAGUUAUGACAAUAUAUUAAGAUUAAGUAAAGCUAAAGACUGGUGAAAACUCCUUUGGACAUUAUUUUUCCAAUAUAAACYUCUCCAAAAAAAGAAAACAUUUUAUAUUCAAAGAAUUGAUUGAUCAGUCUUCAUUGUGAAAGAAGAGAACUGAAAUCAUAAAGUCGUGGAGGCCAUGGAUGGACAGUGUUUGCGCCUUCAUGAAAUAUGGAACAAAAACUUUAAACAUAAAUUAUUUAAGCAUAACAAUAUUAAUGGAUUUUAAGGAAUGUKCAGCGACGUCGGUCAUUUUGUGUAGCAAAGCACUAUGGUAGUUGUAGUCCUCGUACUUUUUCAUGUCCGCUACUGAAAAAAAAUUUGUCUUUUUUUCAGCCACAAUGAUGUUUUCGUAGAAAAGGCUUUUAGAGAGAUAUUUUAGUGUCUAUAAUAAGUGUGAGGACUACAACUACCAUCAUGCUUUGCUGAAUAAAAUGGCGUCGCUGCACAUUUCUUAUUGGAUUUGUAUAUGACACAGGAAAAGCUACGCAAUAUAAACAACUAUAUUAAGCUUCCUAUUUUAGAAUUUUGGUCAAUCUCGACUAUUAUUUCAGACCACGUGCACUCUCUCCUCAAAUAAGAGCAAAUCGCGGCUCGCUGAUAUUAGUGACGUCCGAGUCAUUGUGAGUCAUUGUGCACAAAUACGGCCSAUCAAAUAAAUGUGUGAAUGGGAAAACAGGUCUUUUUAUAGCAAGUAGAGAAUAAAAAAUAACAGAAUAUUUGGAGUCGAUUUAAAUCGGUACUUUGUUACAAGAAAGUGUGUAAGCUUGUAAGAACAAUCGGUAAAAAAGGAAAAUGCACGAGGUCUGAAAUAAAGACAAGCCGAUUGCCAAUCUACCAGUYUYAACAGAAUCUCGCUGCAUGUUGCAAAUUAGAAGACAGUAGAAUCCCACCAAAUAUAUAAUGUACGCAAAAAUUAAAACUUGAGACUUGAU